CUCUUCACUAAACGCUGACCUAAACAACCAUAAGUCAAAACACUUGUACACUUAAACCACACCGCUCGCGUCAGUCAGGUCAGUAAUAAGUUCAGUCAUCGGGAGCGAAUCCUCUCUGUCCACCCUGGCGUUUCCUUGUUUCGAUGGGCUUUAUUUGCCAAAGCAAGAAAAUGAAUUCGUGCAUCAGGUCAUGGAUGAUCUGGAAGCAUACCAACAGAAGAGCAACAAAAGUGUGCUCCUGUUCCCCCCUCUACCCAGCAGACUGCGAUACCUGAUCCACAAGACCACAGAGGAUCUGCCAGAGCUCACCACCUUCUCCGUAGGGGAGAGCUGGUGUCGUAGGGUGGUGGUCUGCCAUACUGAGAUCAGGGGUGAGGUAGAAGAUGACAGUGACUUGGAGGGCAACCACAGCCUGUGUGAAGAACCCCCAAGAAGUAAGGAGGAGAUGGAGGGCAACGCCAAGCCUAAUUCUUCCGUCCCAGCACGAAACCGAACGCCUAAGAGGCCAGACAUGCCCCUUUACAUGCCAAGAGCUGCUCGGGAGAGGCUGAACUUACAAAACUCACAAAGACCGUUAGGAGACCAAGAGUUACCCAGUCCAGCAUCGAGUAGCUGCAGCUGCAGCUGCAUCAGCAGUUCAUCUGACUCUUGUCCCUGUUCUGAAACUACAGAAAACACAAAGUCCUCCUUCAAACGAGAAUCUCUCCCCAGUGCGGCCGAUUUUACCUUUGACAGUUCAGUGCUUUGUUCUCAGGAGCAGAAACAAAACUCUGUGUUGAGGCUGCAUGAAGGUGAGCCCUUUGUGUGGGACCAGACUGUGGCCUGUUUCACUGACAUGAACCUUGAGGGGGAUGUGAAGGAAGAGGAAGACCCUGCUAGUGUGUCAUGCAGUGCUCAGACAGAAGAUACAAGCACAGACACUGACGACUUAACUGAAGAGAUCAAGGCACAUCUGAAAGAGGCAGUGACUGUUUCCAUUGAGCAUGUACACAAUGACUACUCUAUUUAUGAGAACGUGUGUAUCAACCCGGUUGAGUUUCGCCAUGUGAUUGAAAUCUAUGACUUCCCAGCGAUUUUCAAAACAGACGACCUCCUGGAUGCUUUUACAGACUACAGUUGUGGUGGAAUGAAGAUCAAAUGGGUGGACAACACACAUGCUCUGGGGGUUUUCUCCAGUGAGUCUUCAGCACUCCAAGCCCUCUCCAUCUGCCACCCGCUGCUGAAGGUACGCGCACUCGCUGAGGGGAGUAAAAAAGCCAAAGGCAAGGCCAUUAGACGAGCAGAGUUUAUCCAGCCAGUGAAAGAACGUCCAAGGACAGACUGUGCUGUUGCCAGGCGGAUGGUGACCAGAGCGUUAGGAAUACAGGGACGAGGACGGGUGCAGCGAUACUGAAGAAAACGGCUUACUGUUGGCAAAUACAGAAAGGCCUAGAUGAGGUCUGCCUCUAUUGAUUGGCCCUCUGUAAGAGCCUCAUGGUGGUACCAAACAGCUGGCAGAUCAGGAAGAGUUCGACCACUGUCCGACACGUUGGUCUCCUUCACUGAUCAGUACAGCAGGUUGGCACGCUGAAGAGGGAAACUGCCCCCACAUCACCACUAUCGCCCUGCUGAAGUACCCUUAAGAAAAACGCUGAAUUACAACCAGCCUCACAGUUGCUGCUCUGUAGCUGAGCCUGACCCCUGAACUUUGGACAUGAUUGUUGUGGGUUGCGUUGUUCACUGUUAAGAUCCCUAAUACUAAGGAAAUGAUGUGUCAGUAUAAAGAGUGGAGUUUGGCAAAGGCGUGUUAGGUGAUUUCAGAUAGCUUCAGGAAGCGUUGGAGAAAACUGGAGAAGCUCUUGCCUUAUUUUGAUUUGAUUGCAUGUUGCCUUUAAACUGAAGUACGUUUUGAGGAGGUUACAUUUUUUGGGAAGAUGGUUUUUCUUUGCCCAGUUAAUACAGGAUUGAUUGCAUACAUUUAUGUAAGUAAUAACUCCUUAAACUUUAACUUAAAAUGUUAGAUUUGUUUUAUAGAUUAUUCAUUCUCAGGAUUUUGUUAAAGCAGUCUGUUUUGUUGUGCGCUACAGUUUACAGUUUUUUUUGUACAACUCAAACAGGGAAAAAAAGGUUCUAUGGAUCUAUAGACCUUUUUUUUGUUUUAAACCUUAACAGUAUUAGAUCUAAAAAUAACAGAAACAAGUUUUAAAGUCCACCUUUAGAUUCUACGGGAAAUUUAGGCACCCAGUAGCUUAUAUCACACACACACACACACACACACACACACACACACACACACACACACACACACACACACACACAACAUCAAUACAUACAAGAAUAAAAACACAGCAGUGAAUCCAAAAGAAGCUGUUACUAUCAUAGACUCAAUGCAAAUGAAAGUGAUUCAAUUGAUAAAUACAGUUGUAGAGAAUACAACAUUUAUGAGCA